UCCCUAUUCCUGUUGCCUGGCAUCGCGCGAUAGGCUCAUCUUGAACAGAAGAUUCGACUACGAAUACCGGCCAUAGUCUCGCGAGAAGAUUCCCGCCGCGGUCGCCAGAUGGCGCGGGAGCGUCGCGCACUCGUCGCGUCGCCCUCUUCCUACUCCGCCGAGUCCGUGGCCUCGAUGGAUCGACAGAUCGUUCGGCGGUAUCGAUCGGCGCGCGUCGGCUACGGUCCGUAUUUACCGAUUCGCGUUCUGGAGCACUUUUCCCCCGGGAAUCUCCGCGACGACGCGAGUUAUGCCCGCGCGUGUCACGCCUGCGAGUCGCGCGUCGUACGCGUAGCGACGCGAGCUGUCCAGUGAUCGCCCCGCGGCUCGCGCCUCCGUCUGCCUCCCGUCGCCUCCGCCGCGUUCCACGAGGGGGAAGGGACGACUCGCGCCGCCUCCUGGAUCCUCGACGACGGCCGGGCGCGCCUGUCCCGCGCGACCACUCGCGAUGACGGAGACCAACGGGGCCGCGAAUCUCAACACGAAGAACGGCAACUUCAUCUGCGGCGUGGUGGAAGGUUUCUACGGGCGACCAUGGACCACCGAGCAACGGAAGGAUCUGUUCCAAAAAUUGAAAAAAUGGGGAAUGGACUCUUAUCUGUACGCGCCGAAGGACGAUUACAAGCACCGUGCUUAUUGGAGGGAUCUGUACACCGUGGAGGAAGCCGAACAUCUGACUGGACUGAUCACAGCCGCUAGGGAGUACGGGAUAACCUUUUACUACGCCUUGUCCCCGGGAUUAGAUAUCACGUAUUCCAGCUCGAAGGAGGUCACCGCGUUGAAGAGGAAACUGGAGCAAGUCAGCCAGUUCGGUUGUACGGCAUUCGCGCUGUUGUUCGACGACAUAGAGCCAGAAAUGAGUGAAGCCGACAAAGAAGUGUUUCAGUCGUUCGCACACGCUCAAGUUUCUGUGACGAAUGAUAUUUUUCAACAUCUCGGCCAACCGCGAUUUCUCCUGUGCCCCACGCAAUACUGCGCAACGCGCGCAAUGCCAAAUGUCGCAUCUUCCGAGUAUCUCAACACUCUCGGAAGUAAAUUAGCUCAGGAAAUUGACAUAAUGUGGACCGGACCUAAAGUCAUAUCGAGACUUUUAACCGUCGAGUCCAUCGAAGAGAUCACGGAAGUGCUCAGGCGGCCGCCCGUCAUCUGGGAUAACUUGCACGCCAACGAUUACGAUCAGAAAAGGGUGUUCCUUGGACCAUACUCUGGCCGUUCUCCUGAUCUUAUACCCAAGCUUAGAGGAGUCUUAACUAAUCCUAAUUGCGAAUACGGAGCGAAUUUUGUAGCAAUUCAUACAUUAGCUCAGUGGAGCAGAUGCAAUGUGGAUGGAAAAAGAGAUCUAAGCUUAAACGAUACUGUAUCAGCGGACAUUAAGUUAGAAACCGAGACGGAGGAUGGCGUUCUCGGUGAAGAUGUCCCGUCAACGUUGUCGGCGAAUAUGUACCAUCCUCGACACGCCCUGAAAAGUGCAAUAAGCGAAUGGUUAUUAGACUUCAACAAGAAGAAGGCAGCUUGGGGAGUGAUAGUCAAACCGCAGCCGUGUGUCGCGCCUACGAUACCUAUCCCAAUAAUUCCCUCCAUCAACACCUGUAUGAGUCUUACGUCGACGACAACAACCACAGUUUCUGCCACGCCCACGCCUGUAGCGAAUUCUAAUCAUCUUCAAGCGCUGGCCGAAGUUUGCUCAAGUGUAACAGUCAGCGAUAGCUUCGCGCAACCUCCGUCGGGGCCUGUGAUGAAUUCUUUAGUGUCGGACAUAAAGGUGGUCAGCGAGCCUGUCCUGACUACGUUAUCCACCACUAUGAGCACUGGAACGCCCACAACAGGUUUGUUUUCUAUAGAACCCAUGGACUGUAACACAACGCCAAACAACUCGCCGGCGCACAUGGCAAAAGUUCCAGCGGAGGAUGACGCUAUGGUAGAUAACAUUUCUACGUGCAGCGAAGCUUCCGGGAGUAUGCAAGUAGAAGUGGACGGCACUUCUCCCACGGUCAAUGGUACACAAAUGAUUAUAGAGAACGACAGUGAAAAUCACGAGAGCUCCGAUAACGCGGACGCGGUAUCGCAGGAACCCGUGGAUGUCGACAAACAACUCACGCACGAGGAUCUGUCGCUCUUAUGCGAUCUAUUUUACUUACCGUUUGAGCAUGGGGGUCAAGGGAUUCAGUUGUUGCAAGAGUUUAACUGGUUGAAAAGCAACGCUUAUGUUGUUAUGAAGAAGUCCAAGGAAGAAGAAUCAACGUCUGAAGCAGACAUUCAUGAAUGGCAUCUCCGUGCGGCUAAAUUGAACGAUAUGUGUAAUGCGGUAAACAGAUUAUUUCAAAGGCUGACAUACUGUAAUAAUCGUGAGCUGCUGUACGACCUGUACGCAUAUGUAUGGGAUAUGAGGGGAGUCGUGUCUCUUCUAAAUAGUUACGUGAAAUGGCUGGCGUUUGGCAGAUUCCCCUCGACGAUGACGACGUUUACCCAAGGCAGCUACACAUGGUUUUCAAAUGGUUGGAAAGAAACAUUUAUGAGUGGAGACCAGGAGCCAUGGGUUUUCCGCGGUGGACUUACGGCUGAUUUACAGAGAUUAAUCCCAGUCGAUAGUGGCAAUGAUUUAUUCGUCUAUAAAGCACCGGAAGUGCCCAGCAGUAAGAUAUAUACGAUUCGACCAUACUUACCAAGUGAUGAAGAAGCUGUUUAUGCGGUGUGCAAUCAAAUUAAUGAUUGUACAACUUCAUCAGCUGUAGCAGACAGACUUGUUGGAGGGUUUCUAACGUUAAAUCCGGAGUUAUGUAUGGUUGUUGAGGAUGAAAAUGGCGUGUUGGGUUACGCAGUGGCUACAUUGAAUGUAAAAUCCUACAAUCAGAAAAUGCUUGUUUCCUGGAUUCCUGAACUGCGUAUGAAAUAUCCCUUGGACAACAGUAUUAGCGAGCUGCCACAAAAUAUUCAGGAUGCCAUACAAUACUUCCAUUCAUCUAUCCCGGACGUAUCGGAACAAUUGUGCAGACAGCAUCCGUCGAAGAUUGUAUGCGGUAUAUUACCAAGUGUGACAGACCAGUCUAUUUGUAAACGUUUAAUAACCUGCGUUCUUGCAGCUUUAAGAGCAAAUGGUUCUUUCGGAGUACACACAACAAUGUCGACAACGGAUAAAGAAUCUCACGAAUUCUAUGGCAAACUCGGCUUCGUUGAUUUAAAUCCAGCGCACGAGGAAUAUCCUGGAAUUAAAACCAUGUGUAGAAGUUUCUAACAGAGAAUUAAUACUCCAAUAAUCCUCGUUAACAAAGUGUAUCUACUUGGACCAUCUCCUGAGAAAGCAACGGUUUCUUAGGACAUCUAAAAAAAACAGACACUAGUAAUAAAAUUGGACGCCUUCAUUCAAGACCUUUUUAAAUGUAAGCAUACAAAUGCGAUAAGUAUACUUUCUUGAAAAUAUCCGCACUCUGACACAUGUGUAACACUUUAUUUCUAAUAUAUUCGAUAUAAACUUUCUCAAAAUCUUUAAAUGUAUUUGAUACGAAUGUAUACAUAUGUGUAUAUAAUAUAAAUAACGUCAAGUUCUAAUAUUGUUAGGUUUCUGUUAUGUUAAAAAUAGAUAAGUAAGCAUAAUCAGGUUUGUUUUCAAUUCAAUAUCAAUUGUAUUCUUUAUUUUGUUAGCAGUUGUGUUUAUAUAUUAUAUAUUGUAUAUGUAACGCUUAACAAUAUUUUAUUGGUUUAAAUCUGAUUGGGUUUCUUCUUAAAAAUGGUAUGUAUAUAAAAGUCUCAACAUGAACGUGAUGAAAUGCCAGUGUGUUCAUUAAUGAGUCGUUGGAACUUUCAAAUUUAUUUAAUAAAAGUAUUUUCUUAACGAAAUGACAUAGAUAUGACUGAGUACAGUUUUAAAGCACAUUUUCCGUUAAAUGCGCUUUAACUCUUUCAAAUGAAUGUAAGAAUGAAGAGUGAGAAAUUAUGAUACACAAUUUAGAUUUUAAAUAUGCAACUCUAAUCUACAUCUGAUAAUCAGAUGUAUAUUAGGUACGAAUAGAUGUCAUAGCGUUUACUGCUCAACUAUAAAUUUGUAAUAUAUACAUUGAAGUCUUCAGAACAGUAAGAUUUUUUAAGUUUCAUGUAUAUACACAUAUAAUAUAAUUUCACAUAGAGUUUUUAUUAUAGAUUACAUGUCUUAAUCGGCCCUACAACUCCAAUAUACAUGUAUAUAAGUAUGUCUUAUAUAAUGAGUGAAAUUAUUAUAAAAUGUAACAUUUACAUUUAAAAAAAAAUUACUUUAUCGUAGUUCAUUGUUAUUGGACAUGAGCGAGAUAUGUAUUAGGCAUUCUUUUCCAUAUUAAUUGUUUCACACAAAUAUUACUUCAAUCAAACACUUUGAAACGCACUAUUAAGUAACAUAGAACAUAUUAAUUAUUAGAAAAAGAAUUUUUUAUGUUAACUUUUAUGUUAAUGCAAUAUAAAAUAGAAAGCACAAUGAGAACAAUAACGUAAGAAAUAUUUGAGUAAUUUAUUUCUUAUUAUGUCUCUAUGAAGGUAUUAAUAAAUUCAGCAUUAACUGUACAAGUUAAAUAUGUUAAUGUAUGAAGUGUAUAGACAUAAUAUAAAUAUUAGGGACGUGAAUAAGUUCUCGGUGUCUUUUCGUGAAAAUGAAUGCGUAAAGAACAUGUCAUUCAAAGUAUUGUCCAUCGUCAGCCGCUACUUUUUCCCAUCUUUCUGCCAACAUAUGAAUUACACGUCGGAAAAACGACACGUCUUUUGAGACUAUCCAAGAAUCGACCCAUUCUUUGACAUCUUCGUAAGAAUGAAAGUGUCGAUGUUGAUGCAUGACCAGGCUUACACGUGCAAAAAUGCCGUUGGACGUUUCUCGGCUUCAAUUCGUAAAGCAUCCAAUUUCCUUGCUUUUCAAUCAUUCCUUAUGUUUUUAAACGUUUGUAAACUGUUGUGUGAUUAACUCCUAAUGAUUCUGCAAGUUCAGCUUGCGUCUGACAUGGGUCUUCAUCGAGUAAUGCCUCAAAUUCUUCGUCUUCAAACUUUUUCGGUGCGCUAGAGCGUUCUUUAUCUUCAACAUCAAAAUCAUUAUUUUUUAAGCGUCUAAUCCAAUCUCUGCAUGUUGUUUCUGACAGAGCAUGGUCGCCGUAAGUCUUCGCAAAAAUUCUAUGUGCUUCAGCUGCAGAUUUUUUUGAAAAAAGUAGUGCAGUAAAAUUCCCCGCAAAUUCUCUUUUUUUUGGGACCAAAAACUAUGUUGUUUACACUUCGGCGAAAUGACUUAUACUGUAAUUUCGAACCUAAUGGUGGAGCUUCACGAUGAAGUUGGCUAGUAUUGCCCGAUGCGAAAAGUCUAAGGUAACACAAUCUGUCGCGAAACAGCGAGAACUUAUUCAAGUCCUCAACUUGUAAGAUAACUUAUAAGAUUAGAAAAACAAUUGUAAAAGAACUUACAUAGAUUAUUUGCCUUAUAUCUAUUAUCGGUACUGACAUAUAUUGUAGUAAUAACAUACUAUGCUAUUUAAAAUAGUUUUCCAAGAAUUCUGUGCAAUACCUCCAAAUGUUACUACAAAGCUUCAUUGAGUGCCAUGUACAAAACGAAAAGGAACACAUUCUCGCGAUCGUCGCACAGAUUUAUAUGCUAGAUUUUACUUCUUGUACAAUACUUUGGUGGUAAUUGCUUUUAGGACUUUUGUACUGGAUAUAUUCGAUGAUGGACUAAAAAAGAUCGAUUGCACUUACAAGGAAAUUGGAAAGGAUGCAAAUCUUUUUAAGCAUUCUUGUGAACAUCUUUGAAAUACAUGUAAUACAUAUGUCUUUUAAUAACCUCAUGUCUUAUUUCAUUAUUGAUUAAACAAUUUCUGUAUUUAUCUGAUAUACCAAUUUUUAUUUCAUUUUAGUAUACAUGGAAAACUCAUUUCCUCUCCAAUUAUCUUGACAUGUGCUAUCAUGAAAUUAAUAUUGUAAUACAUAUGCUAUAAUACUGUUUUAUUUAAAUAAAUACUUCAA